AUGUCGGUGACUAAGUUAUUUGUUGGAAACCUGCCUGAAACAGUGAGAAAGGGUGAUUUAACAGCUCUGUUUGAGAAGGAAGGACAAGUUGUAGAAUGUGAUGUGGUCAAAGAUUAUGGGUUUGUUCACUAUGCAACUGAAGAAGAGGCCCAUAGUGCAGUAGAAAAUUUAAAUGGUUUUCUUUUCUGUGGUUCCAAGUUACGUGUGGAGGUAUCUAAAAGUAGAGUGCGGCCCAAGCCUGGUAUGGGUGGUAAAGGAGAGUGUUUUAGAUGUGGUAGAGAAGGUCAUUGGUAG